GAUGGUAGCGAGGAUGACGCUGAGGGCGGCGGUGGUAUGGGUGCUGACAGCAGCGCUGCAGGUGUCUGCUGCUGACCAGGACCUGGCCAGCAGGCCCAGGGAGGGUCGCGGGGACCUGGUCAACCUUCCCAGACACCCGCUCUACAAGUCUCUACCGCACGACAACCGCCGGGUCCUCACCAUAGGAGACGCCGAUGAGCUCCCCAACUACGUCUACGAUGCCAAAGGUGUUCCUGACGAUGCGGAAACUGCUGGUGCUGCGGCUCCCGACAGACCUUACGGGGACACUGUGGCAGGCUACAAUCUUCCAGACUCCUACUCGUCAGCACCUUCGUACGCCGACCCCACACUCCUCUCUGAAGUAAUGAAGCAGGCGGACCAGGCCAACUUCAGGUAUCCUCUGGCGACGACGGUUCCCCCGGGUAAUAACCGACCAAGUUCUGCAAGUGAGACGGGCUCGGCCUUUGUUCCUACGCGGGAGAACGAGGUCAGCCCCUUCGCGCUCUUCCCACCACAGUUCCACGACCUGCUGGAGAUUCCCCUUCACACAUACUCCAACGGGUCAUCCUUCAGCCCCCAUCACCGAUACCGCCCAGUUGGCCCUCUCAUCUCUAAGGGAUACGCCAGCACCAAGAUCCAAGGCAACACCAAUCAGGUUCACGCCCCAGCAAACCAGGUCACACCUAAAGUAUCAUACACCCCUAAUUCAGUGUCUCAAGAUAACACGAAGAAGCUUGUGGAAACGAACCAAACGACUACUAAAAUCAUUACUACUACUACUACUACCACUGAAUCAUUCCAAGAUUUAUACAGCUCGACUGACCCACCUACGUCUCAUGCUCCUUCCUCUCGACCAUCCGCAACUCAUAUUACACAUAAUCCUCACACAAAGAAUACUCACGCUCGACCAACAACCCAACCCAACCUCUCCGAGGAAGUGCACCAAUCUUUCCGACCGUUGUCCUUCACUGUACCAAACCUUCACCACUCAAGACCUAAUCCUACGCUCCUUAACACCGACCCUGAACUGACCUUCACUGAUAAGCAUUCAAAACCUUCACCCCCCUCCAGCAUCCCGCCGCUGAGGUACACACGUCGCCCAGCCGUAGGUGCCAGACCCACAACCCACGUCACUGCACCUCCCCGUGACUCAUUCGUACCUACCACACCCAGAUCUACCCCACACCAACUUGUCACCACACGCAGAUCUACCUCACACCAACUUGUCACCACACUCCGAUCUACCUCACACCAACCUGUCACCACACUCAGAUCUACCUCACACCAACCUACCACACUCAGAUCUACCUCACACCAUCCUACCACACGCAGAUCUACCUCACACCAACCUGUCACCACACCAUUUCCUACUACACAGCCACCAACUACCACUCGACCUAACAACUUAUGGCGUGAAACUUUUGAAAAUACACAGAAACUAUCAUCCAAAAAGCCUGUUCAUGCCCAAACCUACGGGACACGGAUUCCAUCUAGAAACUCACAACUGCAUCCAACACCAGUUGAACAGGAAGUCUUUUCAGCAGUCGAGCAAGAGGUCCCUUCACUUGCUGAAAAGGUGCAUCCAACAUCCAGUGAUCAGCCUAAACCUUCAGUAGUUGAUAGACAAAACGAAGGAGGACAGUCAUUCCGUCCCUCUAAGGUAGACCCUUUCCUCCCUUCAGGACGAGAGCCAUCCAACUUUCGUCCUUUGGCUGAUGAAAAUCAAUCCGAUCAUUUGCAUACGGGCUCUCAAUCUUUACCUCCGGUGGUCAACUCAUACGACCGUUCUACCAGAAGACCCCAGCCUCUGCCUGUCAUCAAUGCAGAUUCAACUAAUUUUCCUUCACAGCCCCUAUCUCCUCUACCACCUCCUCCACAGCCACCCAGCAGACCAUUCUUACCACCCCCACCAAUACCUCCACAUUCUAGUAGACCAUCUCUCCCCCCUGGUCUUCAAUCUUUGCCGUCACUAUCACCACCACCCCCACCACCACCCUCUCCUGCAUCUUUCUUACCGCCUCCACCUGAAUUCCCAGAGCAGCCUUCUGCCCAGUCCCGCCCUCACCAGCCAAUCCAAGACCUGACACACCUCCAGCAUCCCCAGUUUGCACUCGUUCCCCCAGCACCCUUCCCUGGACUUCCCGCUGAUCACUCGGUUCCUUUGAAAACAUUCAGCCAAAGUCAUAAACCUAUUUCAUGGGAGCAUCGUCCUUUUCCUCCCGCGAAGAUACACCCACCAUUUCAGAUAGUUCCUGCUGCAGAGACACUUCCACCCCGUUCUCAGACUGUAGCUGAGCAGCCUGAACCUGGCUUUACUCUACCUGCAGAAGCAGGUAAUUUGCCAAGGCGCCGUGUACAAGAGGAGAAUCUCGUCCGACCACAGCUCAGCGGUGCUAGACCAAAUGUGCUCCCUCAAUUUCGUCCUAAUGCACCUCCCCAGCAAGAAACAUUUAGCUCUCAGGGAUUUCCGACAAGAACGUUCAACACCCAACCACGGCCACUAUACCCUGACAGACGUCCAGUUCUGAGUAAGCGUCCAUCUUUCCUAGAUAAUUUCAAUUUCUUUGAACGUGAUCCUGUGAACCGUCGUCGUGGCGAGACAGGGCCAUUGCUGGAGGCCAAUAGUGCUGGAAAUAAAGUGGCAACCAAACAGAAACCAGACACUGAAGUUCGGUAUCAGCUGACUCAUGGGCCCGCCCCAAAACAUGCACAGAAGGUAAUGGUUGUUGGGCCUUUUCAGCAGCCACCACCUGGAGCACCAAUAAUCAACCUACCCAACAGAGACCCUUCACCACAAGUCACUGAUCAGGAUUCAAUCUUCUUGCCUCCCCCUCCUCCACCUUUACCAAGUCGGAGAAUCUCACCCCCACCAUCUACAAUGAGCGAAAGUACUGAUGAUCCCGUUCCGGAAGUGAAACCCCAACCCCCCAUCUCAAGACGGACACAACCAAUUGAGACAGUUAAUGGAGUUGUCCCGCCCAUGCUUCCUACCCCUGAGGCUUUGGUAGAGAAUCCCCCUGAACUGCUGCCACGUGAACCCGAAGUCACAAAUAUAGGCAUGAAUAAUGUGCCGGGUGUUGUAUACGGGCGCCCUGUUGACCCUGCCAUCUACUCCACCCCAGCAGAUAAAACCAUGACUAAUGUUGGUGUAUCCUAUAAUGUCAGCAGGGAAAACACGAGUAGUAGUACCAAUAUAUCACCUUCUUAUUUAUCCACAUUGGACUCCCAAUAUGUCCCAGUCUCUGAUGACCAUGUUAUGGAGGAGGUGAGUGAUGAACACAAAGAAGGAAUAAUUGCUGGUAAGGUUAGAUUUCCUCCCAUGCCUAUUGUUGAGAGAACAGGCGAAGACGGACAGCUUCGUUCUGGCAUCAUCCCUGUUCCGGUACCAAUCUAUGCUUCACGCCAAGAACUGCCGCCACAGUCGUUCUCAGACUCUUUUUGGUCGUUCUUAGGAUUUGGCAAUUCCAAGCCUGAACCUGUAGCUGCUGAACGACGCGAUGUGGUGGAAAGUACUAGAAUCAAAAAGCAACCACGAACUAAGAGCAAAACUCGCACGCGGAGACGACGACCCCGCCCUAAUAAAGUCAACAGAUUUCAUGAUGACACACCACUAGCACGUGCUGCUCUGUCCUCGUCCCUUCAGCUACCCGAUGUCUCCAAGUCCCACCUGGUAUAUGGCUCAAAUCCACGUUUGUCACAAACUCCACCUCCAGCAACAAUAUUGACUCCAGAUUUAGCAACACCUGUGAAUAAACUUCAUCCAACAUCCACGCCAUCUUCAGACGCACCAUCCACUCCACCUUCAGAUCCACCAUCCACUCCAUCUUCAGAUUCACCAUCCACUCCAUCUUCAGAUCCACCAUCCACUCAAAACCCACAUUUAUCUUCCACCAGAUAUCCAGAUCCUUCCAGUUUAAGACCUGUAUAUAAACACACAUCCACUACCGAAGCCGCAACCAGUUCUUCUCAACAAUCUUUGACCACAGUUCAACCUGCAGAAUCUCCUGUAACUGAACCAUCCCCUACACUAAUAACCAGAAACUCGGCUACCCCGUUCUACAUCACAGAAUACACCCCAUAUUAUCCUAUCAUUCCAAAUGAACGUGAAGAGCUCAACAACUUUAAAGCCCCUAUCAUCGAGUCGUCUUCAUAUGGUGGCUGGAAAGCUGUUGAAGAGCAGCCCGCACCGGCAGACGGCCGAGGGGGUGUUACCCACAGUCCUGUUGUCCCUUCUGCGCGAGGAAAUGUCCCUGCUAUAAUUAUUGGAGAACCAAUAGCAGAUAUGGACGAAGAGGUGGUGACAGGAGUGAUCAGUGACAGAAUGGGAGAAGCACAGGAUGACCAACUGGUGAAGUUUUCAUCAAGACUUAAUGUAGAGACACCUGGUAUAGUUCGUAGCUACUGGGUCAAGGCCCCUGUUCUUGCAUAGUUGCCACUUGCAUCAACUACAUGUUGAUGCUCUUGAUUUUAUUUCAGGUAUGACAAACAAGGAUCAAAAUAUUUGUGCAAGCAUUAGUAUCUACUUUGCUACAACACAAAUAACACUACACAUGAAGCGGUAAUGCCUUAUCAGAAGCUAUAGGCAUGAAUGAGUUAUUUCUCAGUGCCUUGGGUUUUUGCUAACAAAAUUCUCUUUAAGGAGGAAUUAAGAGCGAACUAUUGAUCUAUGACCGAGCCUCGUGACUCACUUAUCCACGAGACUAGUGAUUAAACUGGACUUUUACUCGAAUGUUUGGCAGUAAUGACAACUGUUUGGAUAACAACGAAUAUAGCAUCACAGAGUUAACCUAAGUAAAGAAUUCAAUUCCAUGUUUACAUGUAAAAGAAACUGUAUUUCAAACUAUACAGCAGCUGACUGUGCAUACUUAGAGCACACAAUUUAGUAUAUUGGUGAUUGCUCUUGACUUAAAACUGUGAUAGAACACUGAGGUAUUUUAUAUAAACAGUAGCCAAAACUCGCCAAAGUCUACAUAUUGAAUGUGCAUCUGUUACAGAAAUGACUUAUUUUGUGAAAAGUCCGAGAUAUUAGAUAACUUGUUUUGAGAGAAAAUGACAUUUAUUUUGACAUAUGACCAAAGUGACAUAGAUUUUGAGAUGUGAGGAAGGUGAUAGAACUUCUAAAACAUAAGGAAGGUGAGUAGAACUUUGUGACAUCAGAGAAGUUACACAGGUUUGAAGAUGAAAGUGACCAAAUCUCUGUAAGUAAGGAUAGCGACAAGACAGCGUGACCCGAAAGUAACUCAGGAAUAUGGAGCAUGGAUAACAGAGAUUGAGAUGUUAGAAAGAUAACCCAAAAAUCUCGUGUGAAAAUUGAGAGUAACUUGGAAUAAGAGGCUCAAACACUGUGCUUGCAAUUGGUGACAGUAUACAAAAAAUGAGGUUGCUGGCAGCUGAAUAGCCUAUUCAGCUGCCAGCAACUGAAUAGGCUAGUGCAUGUACAGCUGUGUAUGUACAGUACAACACUACCCACUCUUCAAUUCCCUGCAUAUGAUUAUUAGUGCAUGAAAAUAUUAUUGAUAUAUUAUAAACAAUCUUAUGAAUGUGUAUGGACAAGAAUGAAAAAAGGCUCGGAACUAGCCACAACAAUGUCAAAUGUGGCAUUUGUGGAAAGUGAAGCAUUUUAAUUAUGUAACAACGAGGAUCUAUCAAGUGUGUCAGCAAAAUCUGUCAAGGAAGUCAAGAGCUGAAAAGUUCAUUAAGGCAUAAUGAAAUUCCCUUGUGAAUGAUUGCUGCUAAUGCAUCAUGCAGUGUGCAUGUUAUUCAUUUUUAGUGGAUUGUCAUCAUACAGUACAUGAACAUAGUAGUAGUAAUAGGCAUCCUUAAUACUGUACUAUAAUAGGCAUCCUACUAGUAGUAGUAGUAGGCAAGAACAAAUGAGCAUCAUGAACAUAUUAUGAACAUUAUCUAUAUGGUUGUUCUGAAAAAAUCUUAUCUUUUCUGUUGUAGUUUUUUUUAUCUAGUAAUGAAGGCAUGGGCCGAUGUGUAGCAGAAAAGUUGUCAACAAUUAGUCAAUGCAUCACAGCCAUUAUCUAAGUACGUGUGUCGGGAACACAAACCAAGAGAGCUUACAUUGGGACUACAUUGAUAAGGAAGAUGAACGUGAGGAAGCAAAAGUGUACAGUACUGUAGUCUGUGACAACAAAUAAUAGAUCAAAGCUGGGAGCUAGAUGGCCAUGGUGGAAGGGAAGGAAACUAUCAGGAGAAAGGAAGGAAUUAUCAGGGGAAAGCGCCAAGCCAUUACGACUAUAUAGCACUGGGGAGGGGGGGGGGAAAGCACUGGGAAAGCCUUGCACCUUCCAGGUGCAAGGCUUUCAAGUUUGGGCGCCUCUAUAGUUCAUGACAGUUUGGAUAUUAGAGAACACGGAAGACCCCAAAGACAUUCCAUUCAGGACAACUCAUGACAGUGUUGGUUUAUUUAUUCUCCCAAGUUUGUACAAGCAUGGAGAGAGUUUGGUGGGAUGGUGGACGCACUCACAAAUUUUCCUUCUAAUACAUUCCCUAAGUCACAUACUGUGCAUGGUAUGAGCCUAACUUUUCAGUUCUAAUCAAUAUUUUUCAUAUAUUUGUUAAUUUCGAAUGCCUGACUUGGAGUAUAGCAAUACAGUGUAAGACCUUAUACUGAAUGGACAGUCCUAAAAUCACUAUUAUUGAUGAGACUCAGGCUUAAUACUAUAAUAAUAAUAAUUUAUUCAAUCAGUAAUGUACCAACAUUACCACUUUUCAAGAACAAAAGUUAACCAAACUAGUGAAAGAUAGUUACUGAUAAUGUAUAAUCAAAACUUGAGUUGAAGAAUGACUCAAGUGUCAAGGUGACCAAUAUAUCAGGUAACAUGACACACUGACCCUUAUGCUAUAUAACACGACGUGACGACUGGACACAAGUCAAAUAACUUGCUUCAAUACAAAUUUUAAGUGGCAUUCACACAAGCCUCCACCACAGAGAAAGCUCUGUUAGUGGAUAAAACUGUAGCUUAAGAUUAUAUGUUAUUAUGAGAAGCCAAAUGGUCGAGACUUUCAUCGCUAUUAAGCCAACUUUACAGGAGGGGCUGGAACACUUCACUACUCAUAGGAGUGGCUGGAAUACUCUUGACUAUUUACAGGAGUGGCCAAAACACUUUCCUCUACUCUCAGGAGUAACUGGAAACUUUCCACUCCUUAUACUCGUGCAGCUUGCACAACCCUAUUCAAAUCUUGACUAAUAUUUGGCAUGUUAACGGCAUUAUAUUAUAUGAUUCUUACUUUAGUUAAUGAUAGGCAUCUACAGAUUUAAUCAUUGGAUUUAUCCAAUAUGUUUAAUUGGGUGAAAAACUAGCACCUUUGACUGAACGUAAGUGUUUAUGUAUGAUGUACUUUGUGAAUAUAUUUUAAAUAACUGCACCUCUAUAUGUUAUAUCUUCAAUGAACAAUGAUGUUGCAUUUUAAUUUGUGUAAAUCUGUUUGGUUUAUAUAUGCUUAACCAUUUGUGGACAUCUGUUUGAUAGAUGUAGCAUUAAUGUAUAAUCUCUACACCGAAUCAUAGGAGUUUGAACAGUUUGUAUAUACAUAGUUCCCGCUAGUAUAUACAUAGUUCCCGCUAGUAUAUACAUAGUUCCCGCUAGUGUAUGCAUAGUUCCCGCUAGUAUAUACAUAGUUCCCGCUAGUAUAUACAUAGUUCCCGCUAGUAUAUACAUAGUUCCCGCUAGUAUAUACAUAGUUCCCACAGGUGGACUCAGUUUGACGUAUUGUAACAAGAAAUUAUUAGCGUUGUAUAAUUGCUCACAAAAUCAUCUUUCUGCCUGUUUUUCUUAGUGCGAUAUAUAAAUUAAAAACCAAUAUCCCUAUUUCUUGAAUAAUGUACUGUAUAUAACUUGUUUAUUUAUUGUGUAAAGGAACGAGCGAUAUGUAAUUAAAAUGUUCAAUAUAUUCUUUACUUUCUUAUAUCCUAAAUAUCCAAUUGACUGUUGUAGUUUAGCUGACUUAUGAUGGUGCGUACAUAUUCUCAGCCUAUCUUUUUUUGAUAAUUACUUAUGUCAUACCAAUAAAUUCAAUAAAGCAAUAACCAUAUCCACUAUAUAUAUUAACAAAUUUUCUAUCUUUAUUGAAUCCAAUAAUAUAGUGUGAGAAUACUGACACGCCUCUAG